AUGAUAAACAGAGAUGAAUUCCUGCUGUGGGUGGACGGGACUCAAGGCCCGUUCGUACACGUAUACCGCAGUGUGUGCCAGGAAGACGCCAGCACUUCAUGUGCGCUCACCAACACCGUGACGUCGAUUGCGGACAGUCCUGACCGAGACGGUCGGAGCAAAAUGGAGGAUGUAGCUCUGAGGGACGGUUCAAGGGUACAACAAGGAGACUUAAUCCAUAUUGCGCAGCACUUCCAGUCAGUCCCACCUCAUAAAAGAGAUAAGGCAACUUUUUUGGCUGCAGUCUCUGCUUUUAAAGAGAACAAACCACGUGGGCAUGUCGAGUUUAUCAACACCGCGCUGAAGUACAUCAAGGAGUAUGGAAUCCAUAAAGAUCUGGAUGUUUACAAGGCUCUACUUAAUGUUUUUCCGAAAGGAAAGAUGAUCCCGCAGAACUCCUUCCAGAGAAUAUUCUUACACUAUCCGAUGCAACAAAACUGCUGUGUCAAAGUUCUGGAUGAAAUGGAAUGGAAUGGUGUACAACCAGACAAAGAGAUUCAUGACAUCGUCGUGAAUGCUUUUGGAGAAUGGAACUUCGCCACAAAGAAGAUAAAACGGAUGCUAUAUUGGAUGCCGAAAUUGAAACAUUCAAACAAGUAUUUGGACCGCAGAACUGUAGAAGGCCAAACACUGUCUCCAGCUGAGUUGGCAGGCGUAGCGCUGAAAAUGAUGAGUCCCGAUCCCGGAACGUCAAUAUCUCUAGUUAAACUCACACGUAGAGAUUCCGAUGACAACGGGUGGUUUGCAUUUGCGCAGAGUCUGAUUCAGAAAGAGUUGAUUCGAAAUCUUCGUGAUAAUUCUGAGGUCUUCAUCGAUGGCCCAUUUAGAGUCUAUGUUAUGGAAAAUCCAGUGCAAUACAUAGUCAUGAGCUGUCCACCAACUAGCGAUCACGUUGAUGAGUUCGAACAUGAAGAAUUCGAGGAGGACUUCUCAACGUUUUUCUCCGAGUGGAAAAAUGAGAAGUGCAAAAGGAUUUGCUCAGUGCACGAGCAGAAACAUGAGACGAUACUUGCUCUUGGAGCAAUUCACCGCACGUUUUUGAAAAACGACAAAGAGCUUGUUGAUCAUCGUGUUCUUAUCGAAAUUGACUCUCUGGAGCAUGUUAGCCUUUUCUUUCCGUUUCAGACAUGA